UCAGUUUACAACGAAAAGUUUGAAAAGACAGACGCUAUUCGCGGGUGAUUAUUAGUAGCAAACGGGUAAAAGGAAGUAACUUUCCUUAAUGAAAAAUUGAUUAAAGUGAACUUCGAUCAGAAAUAUUGAAAACAAAAAACUACGAAAAUCAAUCAAAUUGGGAUUAACAUUUAAAAUAGGAUUUACAUAGGAAAUUUACUGCUUCUACUGAAAAAGUCGUUGAGAGUCUGGGCUACCUCCAAGGAACUAACAUAAUAAAAGUCCGAUAGAAACAACAGUGUUGUUAUAUUGUUGAUGGCUGCGACCAAAAUUAUUGAUGCUCCUCGCAAUGGCCACGAGAUGGCGCCACUAAAUACCCGAGCUCGCGGCGAUGGCACUCAUGGAGUCACAAUCGUUCUCACUGCGUCACAGCGAAAUUCGGUGAGCUCGGCGGAAGUACCAGGAGGCGAGCCUGAUCGUGCAGCGUGGUCCGGAAAAAUGCAGUUCUUCCUCAGUAUUAUUGGUUAUUCUGUGGGCCUUGGAAAUAUUUGGCGAUUUCCAUAUCUAUGUCAACAGAAUGGUGGUGGCGCUUUUCUUAUACCAUUCAUGGUGAUGCUGAUAUUAGAAGGAGUUCCACUCUUUUUAAUUGAAUUAGGCAUUGGGCAGCGUAUGCGACUGGGCGCACUCGGUGUAUGGAACACAAUACAUCCUUGGCUGGGUGGCAUUGGCAUAUCUUCCUGCAUUGUUACACUGUUUGUCGCCCUAUAUUACAACGUAAUCAUAACGUGGGUUUUCUUCUACCUAUUUAACAGUUUUCGUUAUCCUUUGCCGUGGGCUUCUUGUCCAAAAAAUGGCACCGUUGAAGUGGAAGAGUGCGCUCGUUCUUCAGAAACCGCUUACUUUUGGUAUCGAACCACAUUGGAUGCUGCGCCUUCAAUGGAUGAACCAGGUGGUUUUAAAUGGUGGAUCGUACUCUGUUUGUUCCUCUCUUGGACUAUCGUAUUUUUUAUUGUGAUGAAAGGCAUUCAAAGUUCUGGCAAGGUGGUAUAUUUCACAUCACUUUUCCCAUACAUUGUGUUGACGAUCUUCUUUAUACGUGGAAUUACGCUGAGAGGUGCUAGUGCUGGGCUCAUACAUAUGUAUACACCUAAAGUUGAGAAACUAGCCGAUCCCACAGUAUGGCUAGAUGCUGCCACACAAGUUUUCUACUCAUUCGGUUUGGCUUUUGGAUCGCUAAUAGCAUUUGGAAGUUAUAAUCCGCCCAAGAAUAACUGUGUUCGUGAUGUCCUGUUGGUGUCGGUUUGUAAUGCCAUUACCGCUAUAUACGCCAGUGUAGUGAUUUUCGCUAUACUGGGUUUCAAGGCCACGGUCAAUGUAGAUCGCUGCAUUGAGCUCAAUAAAGACAUACUGGUCAAACAUGAUCUCAUUCCAUUUAAAAAUGUAACCAAUGAAGAAUACGAAGCUGUUAUGGCUAAAAUCAACGCGACCGAGUCCAUCAGCUUAGAACUUGAAGAAUGCAGCCUCUCAAAACAACUUGACAAUGCUGCCGAGGGCACUGGCCUUGCUUUCAUUGUUAUUACUCAGGCAAUUGUGGAGUUACCCGGUGCACCAUUUUGGGCGGUUCUGUUCUUCACCAUGUUGCUUUCACUUGGCUUGGGUUCUCAAAUUGGGAUACUAGAGGGAAUGCUGUGCACCCUUUUUGACAUUGAUAUCAUUAAGCGGGUUAAGAAACAACAUGUGACUGGAGUGGUAUGUCUCUUCUGCUUCAUUGUCGGUUUCAUCUUCUGUACAGGUGCGGGUGAAUAUUGGCUUAAGAUGUUCGAUUCAUUUGCGGGCACCAUCGGUUUGGUCGUUGUCGCCUUAAUGGAAACUAUUGCAGUUGUGUACAUCUAUGGGCAUGAGAGAUUUACUGAAGACAUUUAUCAGAUGACCGGAUACCGACCGGGCCUCUAUUGGCAGUUGACCUGGCGCUAUAUAGGACCAGUUAUUAUGGUGGCCAUUUUAGUUUCAUCCGUCGUUUUCAUGGUGAUCAAGAAUCCCACAUACGGAGCCUGGAACGCACAACUUGGUGCUCUCCAGCAAGCCAAUUAUCCACCCUGGGUAAUGGGUGUAGCUUUAUCUAUGAUUCUUGCUGGAGUAUUACCAAUGCCCAUCGUUUUCUUGAUGCGAAGCUUCCAAUGCCUGAAGGUGGAUCUAGAUAUUCACCAGGGCUCAAUAAGACGAAAUGAAACCACGGCUUCGACCAAAGAAAUGAUCGACAAUGAUGAUGAUGAGGAUGACGAGGAUGAUUAUAGUGGACCAGCAUUGGGAGGGCCUGUUAGGACGCUGAGCGACUUCUCAGAUGAUGAUGAAGACGACGAUCGGCCCGUGACUAUGAUAAGCCCUCAUCUCCGUUUAAAUCUUAAUAAUGCGGCAAGGGCUGCGUCAAAUCAUCUAAAUGUGCCAACCAGUAAACGCUCAUUCAAAAUGGAAGUUUUCGAUUUAUAAAUAAAUACUUACAUUUGGAUGUAAAUAGGAAUCAAGAUGGUGUGCAAGUUCUUUUCCUGUUUUGGUUUAUUAUUAUUAUGGAUAUUUUUAUUAUUAUCAUUAAUUUUUUGACGAAAGAUACAUAGAGGUAUAACAACGUGUUUCGGAUAUGAAAUAAAAUUUUAGAACUGUAAUAAAAAUCUAUCGGGCUAUGUUAGAGAAAACUAUGCAAGCAUUUACUAAAAUUAUAAAUAUGUGAAAUCUGAAAUAGAAUAUUCUUCCUGAUUUGUAAGAGUCAAUUGAGGCCUGCUUAGUUUCUCAGUUCUGUGGUAUCUAGGAUGCUAUCUUUAAAUUGUUAUAAACUUAGUAAUUUCAGCUAUCUACCUAAUUGAUUUUUGGUAUUACAUACAAAAAGUACAGCAUAAAUUCUAAUAAUUGCGUACUAUAACUUCUAGUUAUUAUGGAAUUAUUUUCAUUUCACUCUUGUAUAAAUCCACAAUAUUUUGAUGUGAAAGCCAAUUAAUUGCAAUUGUUUUAAGUUAUGUACAUAGGUCAAAUGUGAGAAGCAUAAGAUGCGACAAAAUUUUGAUGGAGUGUGAUCAAAUUAAUUCAUACAACUUUUUAUUUUACUUAACAAACGACAAUCGGGUAAAAGCUACGACCACUAGUUCACGAAUAGAUUACUUAUAUACAUACAUUCAUAUGUAUGCGUAAAAAUGUCGUGAGCACACCUGAAUAGUUUAAAUUCUUCGCAGCUGAGUACUUAAGUAUAUAUAUAAUAUAUUAAAGUGAGCGAUAUUAUUUAAUUACUAGAAACUCACUAUUCACUCAUCCAAAUGUAGACCAUUAACCUGAGUAGACAGAGAAUUGAAUAAUUUCAUUUAUAAGUAAUCUAACAAUAUUUGCAGAAGUAUUAUUUGGCAUUAAAAUGAUUUUGUAGGUAUUAAACAAUAUAGUAUUUUAGUAUUAAGUAAAAACAAAUAUCUAUGUCGAGAAAAAAGAAAAUAUACAGUUUGCUGGUUUGAAACUAUACUGCCGAACUAAAAUCUCCAAAUGCAGAUAAACCCCCGACUAGGUACAUGUUUCUUAUAUUUUUGCUUAAAAUUGAUUAUGCGUAUAUGAUUUUUAAAAUAUGUAUUCAUACGUAUAUUAGGGUUACUCACUUGCCAUACAAAAUAAAUCGAUCAUAUUUUUCCAUCGGAACUUUAUUUAUUUAUUAUAUUUUAAGGUUUCCCGCCACAAUAUUUCGGGAAAAUAUUAAGAUUUACGUGGGAUCGACUAGUUUAAAAUUAUCUUCAAAGGCCGAUUUUUUUUAUUUGUAUGCAAAAUAAGUUUUUAAAAAUAUUAUCCUCAAAAAAUCACAGCAGAAGUUGCAAAUAUUGACAAAAUACGCUUCCAAUGACACCUUUAGACUCCCUAAAUCGAUCAGCAGCCAGGCGUAAUUCAAUUUUUCCUUAAACCUAUCAAAGAUAGCAUUAAUAAUUUCAUUUUAAUUCCGUUGCUAAAAGUUUUAAAAAAUUUUACACAUACAUUCUAAGUUUAAACUCUUCUAUUAUGUGAGGCUAUUUGCGUAAAAAAUAUUUUGAAUAACUAAUUUUAUUUAUAAAAAAACUCGAUUUUCGGAGGUGAUUUCAAAUUGGCCCAGCUCUUGUAAAUGAAAUAUUUUUCGGAGAUAUUUUGGCGGAUGUCUUCAUAUAUGUAUAAUCAGUUUUAUAAUUCCGGUGGAAAAACUUUGACGUUUUUGUUGAGAUACCCCAUUGAACACAUGUAAUUAAUAAAUACAGUCAAACUGGUUAUCAGGUUUAAUGACUUAUUUUCUUAAAAGUAGCAGAUCAAAUUUAUACAUAAUUUGUAUUUGAAGAGGCAGUCAAUAUGUAGUAUAAACUAUAUCCUGUAUAUUUUAAAUUCAAUAUCUUGAUUCCAGGAGUCUGUUAUAGAUUUUAUAAAGUUGUGCCACAGGUGUCAUCUGAAAAUUAAAAUUUGCAUUGUCCGUUUAGAAUAUGGCGUACAACGUUUGAAUAUUUGGUCUUUUGUGCUCAAUAUACAUACAUAUGAACAUAUAUUUACAAAACGCAGAUGCAAACAAAUAUUGUUGCAUUUUAUACUUUUGAUACUUUAAAUUAUUAGUUUUAAAAUCACAACUCUCUAAAGAUCAUCUAAACUAUUUUGCUUGGAACAACCCAAUUUAUUGACCAUGUAUUGAUAUUUAUAGGUACAUUUUAUAAAUAUAUUCGGCGGGUAUAUUAAAGAGACAUGGAUUUGGAAAAAAACACGCCACCACGUUUAUUUAUCAAAUAAUCAGUUAACAAAUACUAAAAUAAUUAUUUGCAAUUUCAAAGUAAAAAGUGCAGUUAUGGAAAUAAUGCGCACUCAAAGCUACUAUUCCACACACACACAUCUGUAGUAUUUACGAAUACUGAUAUUGUUAAAAUCUUUCGGGCAAAGUAUACCACAUAGCUCAAAUAUACAUACAUACAUAUGUACAUGUAAGUUACAUAUGUAUAUUGUUCGUAGAUGCGCACAUACACUCACAUUGACUCAAUAUUUGAUGCACCCACAAUAUUAUUAUAUUAACUUUGACCCCUUUUAUCGUAUGAGAAAGUCAAGCCUACAAACAAUAUUUCUGAAUAUAAGUUGUAUGUAUGUAUAUAGCAUGGUUUUAUUUAUUAUUGUUUCAGCCUAAGAGAUAAAUAUGUGAUAUAUUACAUGAUAUUCUCUAAUAAGUAACAUUUAAGCUAAAUGCAUUUCGAACGAACGAAGUGAUUAAUAAAAACAAAACAGCAUUAAAACGAAUAUACUUAUGUACAAUAUAAAAAUUGAAUAGUAUUAGCCAAACAUAAAGCUUAAAUUAUUGCCCCUGAGAAGAAGUUUAACUUCACACAAAAACCAAACACACAAUCAUAUUUGUACUUGUAAAAGUUUGUGUGUAGCACUCCAAUAAUUGUUUGAUUUUCUUUUUGCUCAUGUUUACCUGGUUAAAUGUAUAAAUAUAUUUAUUGAAGGUAUGUACAAAUAAAGUGAUAAAUAACAUCCUAAGAAAUUUUUUCAAUUAUGUUACUGAUAUUAGAUUCUUAAGUUUUCACAUGACAUAAACAUAACCAAAUUUCAGGGGUGUAGAAAAGAAAAACUAAUAAGCCCAUUAAAUGGUAAUGUGAACCGAUUUAGAAUUUAGAUUAUUGACACAAAUAUGUAUUUCCGUGUAUCUUUAAUUUAAAAUCAUUUAGAAACCUCUUUUCUGAGCUCUUUAUUUGAGUUUAUUGGAAAAUUUUACUUAAAUAAAUAAAACCAAAUACCAAAUACCACAACUAAUUUUAUAAAUAAAGCGGAAACUGAUUUGAAUUAUAGGUUUAUUUGAUUCACAGGGGAAAAUAAUAAAUUGAAAGUACGAUUACAGUUUCGUAUUCAAUACGCCGUUAUUUAUUUUCCAUACAACUUAUUAGUUCACAGUAUGUAUGUAUACAUCUACAUGUGUGUUUGUACGUGCAUAAGGUGCUGUGUUUUCAGUACAAACAAUGACGAAACAGAAUUUUACUUAGUACCGUACAGCCAGCAUUCAUUUUCGGUCAAAAUUGUACUAAGGACACUUCUUUGUAGUCAUUGUGAGUGAUAUUAUUGGCCUAUCAAAUAUAUCCAUAGUGAACAUAAACCCUUAACGCACGCAUACAUAGAUUAUUUACAUGCAAACUAGGAUAUUUAGCUCAACCAGUGCAAGUACAGGAUAAUAGAUAAAAGGUAUAGAACUGUACAUAUAUAUACAUUACAUAUGCAUGUAAGUGAGAGCGGGAGACUCAUGGAAACUAAGUUUAUUUUUUUAAUAUUUUGAGAUCCUAUUGUUAAUGCGCAUUUGCCUUGUUUUGAAAAUAUUCCUUAUAAAGACAGUUUGUGGCACAUAAAAAGUAAUAUUGUUCUAAGAUUUUAUUUCAAAAAUUCUGUUCUGAAAAUAUAUAAAAUAUUAAUAUAUAAAAUAAAGCCAUAAUGGCUUUUAAAAUAAAGACAACUUGUGUGUAAGUUGGAACUGUUAAUUUCUUGCUUCUUCAGAGAUUGUUAGCAACAUAUCCUACGGGCGAGAAAGCAUGGACUUCCUAAUAUCAGUUUUUUUUAUUUAGGAUUUGCAAAAAUGCUUUCAAUUAAAAAAUGUUUACAUGUAUUCGGUGUUUAAGUUAUUUUAGAUUGAAUCUACAGAUGAAUAAUUUCUUUACGCCAUAAUGCUACGUUUUACAGUUCCUAUGGUUGGUUGAUGUAGAAAAAAUCAUUUAAGAUCAUAUUCUUUGGUAGAAAGUAACCAUUUCCGACUAUACCUAUAAUUAAAACUUAUUCCAAAAGAAUAAAGCUGUUCGCAUUAUAAACACUGCUGUGAGUAGAAUUAAUGGUUGUAAAAAUAAGGUACACAUUUAAAGUAUUAAUGAACAAAUCGACCCCAUUAAAAAAGAAUAAGAAUAAUAGUUAUAACAAUGGUUUAAAUUCUUUCUUGUAAACGGGGCCAAGCAAGUGAUUUCUUAAACGAGUAAGUUUGUUUUUGUCCACAUUUAUUAUGGCCUUAUGAUGUAAUUAUUAUAUGAAGUUGUAUUAAAAAAGUGGACGUUGAAUUGUUAAAAUUAUGAAAAUAGUUGAAAUGUAAUCCGGUGUUCAAGACAAUAAAAGGAAGCUAAUGAAUCGUGGUCUCAACAAUACUCCUUUUUAUAUACA